CUUUUCAACACAGGUCAAGAAGGCUGAAUAAUUUUUUAAUUGAUUUACCGUAAAAUAUAAAAAAUAUAUUGGAAAAAAUAAGACAAUAAUGUCAAAGGUAACCGUGCAGGACAUAGAGGCGGUGGACGACUACUGGGGUCCCACCUUUCGCUCGAUACUUGAGGGAAACAAUACAAAACAGAUAAGCGAACAAUUGGACCAGCGGAUCAGAAGUCACGACAAGGAGAUUGAGAGGAUAUGCAACUUGUACUACCAGGGCUUCAUUGACUCUAUACAGGAGCUGUUGCAGGUGCGCACACAGGCAAAGCAGCUUCACGAUGAGGUGCAUUCGCUGGACACCUCGCUGCGCCAGAUAAGUGCCUCGUUGAUCCAGCAAGGCAACGACCUGGUCCGAGCACGCCAAAUAGAGUCCAACCUGGCCAGCGCUAUCGAGGCGCUGAAGUCCUGCCUUCCAGCACUGGAGUGCUACAUGAAGUUCACGCAGCAGGCCAAAAACAAGCAGUAUUACCAGGCACUGCGUACCUUGGAGACGUUAGAGACAGAGCACUUGUCGCGGCUUAAAACCCACAACUACCGUUUUGCCACCCAGAUGCAGAUUCAGAUACCCAUUAUAAAGGAAAACAUCCGUCGAUCCUCCGCCUUGGAUUUCCGCGAGUUUUUGGAAAACAUUCGAAAGUUCUCACCGCGUAUCGGGGAGCUGGCCAUCACCCACACCAAACAGCUCCAGAAGCGGGAUAUUAACGCCAUAAUCGCCGAGCAUAUGCAGCAAGCGAACGGCGACGCAGCUGACGAUGAUGCCAAUGUUAGUGCCCAGGAUCUCAUCGACUUUUCGCCUAUUUACCGCUGUCUGCACAUUUAUAUGGUUCUGGGGCAGCGGGAGUACUUUGAAAAGGACUAUCGACAGCAACGCCGUGAUCAGGCCAAGCUUGUCCUCCAACCGCCACCCAAUAUGCACGAUAAUCUGGAGGCUUACAAGACGUACAUAUGCGCCAUUGUCGGUUUCUUUGUCGUGGAAGAUCACGUCAAAAAUACCGCCGGCGAUGUGGUGACCAGUAGCUAUUUGGAGGACCUCUGGUCUAGCUCUCUUACGAAGUUCAUGAACGAGAUCAGCAUGAGCUCUUCGUCAUGCACUGAUCCGAACAUCCUAUUGCGCAUCAAAAACCUGAUUAUGUUGUCCAUCAACACGUUCAAGUGCUAUGGCUACACCGUAAAUAUUCUCUGGGAAUUGCUGCACAAUAUGCGGGAUCAUUACAACGAGGUUUUGCUGCAACGAUGGGUGCAUGUUUUCCGCGACAUUCUCGACAAGGAGCAGUUCCUGCCGAUGGUGGUUCAGACCCCUGAGGAAUAUGAAGCUAUUCUCGAGCGGUUUCCCUUCCACUCUGACCAGCUUGAGAAUGCACCCUUCCCCAAAAAGUUCCCCUUCUCGCGCAUGGUACCGGAGGUGUAUCACCAAGCCAAGGAGUUCAUGUACGCCUGCAUGAAGUUCGCCGAAGAGCUCACCCUAUCGCCCAACGAAGUAGCAGCCAUGGUGCGAAAGGCAGCUAAUCUGUUGUUGACGCGCAGCUUUAGCGGAUGUUUGUCGGUGGUAUUUCGCCAGCCGAGCAUUACAUUGACGCAGCUCAUCCAAAUUAUAAUCGACACGCAGUAUCUGGAGAAAGCUGGCCCGUUUCUCGAUGAGUUUGUGUGUCACAUGACCAACACGGACCGAAGUGUAUCACAAACUCCCUCGGCCAUGUUCCACGUUGCUCGACAGGAUGCCGAGAAACAGGUUGGCCUGCGCAUAUGCUCCAAGAUCGACGAGUUCUUCGAGCUAAGCGCCUACGACUGGCUCCUGGUAGAGCCUCCUGGCAUUGCCUCCGCAUUCAUCACCGAUAUGAUUUCGUAUCUGAAGAGCACCUUUGACAACUUUGCCUUUAAGUUACCGCACAUUGCCCAGGCCGCUUGCCGACGCACCUGCGAGCACAUUGCCGAGAAGAUAUACUCCAUAAUGUACGACGAUGAUGUGAAGCAGAUAUCCACGGGCGCGUUGACCCAAAUCAACUUGGAUCUGAUGCAGUGCGAGUUCUUUGCGGCAUCAGAACCUGUUCCUGGACUAAAGGAGGGAGAACUAAGCAAGUACUUCUUGCGCAACCGCCAACUGCUGGAUCUCCUCAUUCUGGAGGAGUGGAGCACGUACUUCCAUGACUACGGAAAGCAAGAGAACCGCUACCACCUGGUCCAGCCUCAGUCGAUUAUAGUGAUUCUAGAGAAGAUCCGUGAAGCGGACAAGAAACCUAUUUUCUCGCUGGUCCGCAAGAAUGACAAAAAGAAGUUGUUGGAAACGGUUCUCAAGCAGUUGAAGCACAUAGCUGAGCGGCAGAACUAAGAGAGAGGGUAUAACUUAAGUCGCCUUUCACUGAAUAGCUUUUUUCAUUUUUAUUAUUUUAAGCUAAAUCGAUUUAUUUAAGAUUUGAUUCGAUUUGUUUUUAUAAAAGACAAAUUUGUAAUUGAAACUGCUCUCGACCCGUAGAACGUGUUGAAUUGUAUUUUCAAUUUUGAUUUGUAUGUACAAAAAGGGGAUAAUUUUUUAACUUUUACGUACGAAUUCUUUAAAAUGAAAACACAAAAUUGUAAAUGAGAGGAAGAGAAGAAACAAAACAUAGAAACGGCUAAAUAACAAAUUGUAUAUAAUUAUUAGAUGUAUAUGUAGGCGUACGUUUAUGUGUAGGUAUAUUCCGCAAAUUUUAGUAAACUAACUUCUAUGUUACGUA